GUAGAAAAUGGCGUAUAAAGAAUCUGCUAUCAAAAAUUGAAUUGACAGAAGACGUUUUGUUUUUGGCACACUACAAUUAUUACCUAUUUCCUUUAGAACUUUAUAUUCAAUAUAAAGGUUUUCUGUCAUUUGUGCCUGGGAUCGGCAUAGACCUUAAAACAACAAAAAGUCUAAAGGGGCUGUCCUAAAACCACCCCUGAAUAGCACACUUUUGUAAUCAGCUUCUGCUCGAGUUUUCAUGUUGCCCCUUAUGUGACCGUCAAGAAAGAAACGAGCUUCACUGAGUGCGAUGACUUUCUUUAUCAGAUCAGCGUUUAAACAAAACCAACGUUUGUGGUUACCGGCGUUAAACUGCCUGAGAGCCAUGUCGUCAUCUGAGGGUUCCAGCUCGGCUAACUUCUCCACGCUGGUCAUCAGUCACCCAGCCAAAGCCGUCACACAUGUGGAGCUGCACCGCCCAGAAAAAAGAAACGCCAUGAACAGAGCAUUCUGGAGUGAAAUGGUGGACUGCUUUAAAAACAUCGCUAGUGACCCAGAAUGUCGAGUUGUGGUUGUCUCAGGGGCUGGAAAAAUCUUCACUGCUGGUAUUGACCUGAUGGACAUGGCCAGCGAUGUCCUUCAGCCGGAGGGGGACGACAUUGCUAGGACCUCGUGGAACAUGCGACGCAUCAUCAGCAAAUAUCAGCAGACCUUCUCAGUGAUUGAAGAGUGUCCAAAGCCAGUUGUAGUUGCAGUGCAUGGAGCCUGUGUCGGAGGAGGUGUGGAUCUUAUUACGGCCUGUGACAUUCGCCUCUGUACACAGGAUGCUUGGUUUCAAGUAAAGGAAGUGGAUAUCGGUUUGGCAGCCGAUGUGGGUACACUACAGAGACUACCUAAAGUCAUAGGUAGCCGCAGCUUAGUAAAUGAGCUGGCUCUGACUGCACGCAAGAUGUACUCCGAUGAGGCAAAAACCUGUGGACUUGUCAGCCGGGUGUUGCCUGAUAAGGAGUCCAUGAUGACGGCGGCCAUGGAGCUGGCGGAGGAGAUCGCGGGCCGCAGUCCUGUAGCGGUGCAGGGCACCAAAAUGAACCUCAUCUACUCAAGAGACCACAGUGUUGCAGAGGGACUCAACUACAUGGCUACAUGGAAUAUGGGCAUGCUGCAAACGCAGGACGUGAUGAAGUCAGCUCAGGCUGCCAUGGAGAAGAAGAGCCCCAAGGAAGUGGUCUUCUCAAAGCUGUGAGGUGGCGGCCAUGGGCCUGUUACUACCAAGCAGCGUCAGGAGUAAACCAGGUGUAGUUAAAUCAUCUAACAGAAGAGCCUGAAGUCCUCAUUUUUACCUUGUAACCUCUUUUACCCCUUAACUUAACCUGGUUUACUCCUGGACCAGCUUUUUAGUAUACCCCCUUGGAGGGCCCGGAAGGAACAGCACUAACCUUCCAGAGCAAAAUAUUAAGUUCAGCUUGUGCAUUUAACUUACUGAACAGUAAUACUACACCACCUGCCUAUCCUAAAUGUCUUUGGUUUAUUUAGGCUUGUCUGGAUUGAAUGUGUUUUUUUUGUUCAAUUCAUGGCCUUACUGUAAUUACAUCUUGCAUUGAUAGCAUUGUGGUUUUUUAAUCACCCAGUUACCUCUGAUGGAAUGUGGCCUUUUUCAGUGUCACACACGUGAUGUCCAUACUAUGUUUAAUGUCCUGUUGCAGCUGAUCUGCUUACCUUAAUUAAAAAAAGAGAGAGAGAGAGAGAUUGGUCCUUCUUGUCUUGUUUCAUUUUUCAUUUCCCUGAACUGUUUUCAGUCCAGUGAUCAACCACUCAUGUCUAUGGCAUUGGUCAUGUUGUCAGUUGGUUGCACUUGAAAAAGGACGAAGGUCCGAAACGUCGUGCAAAUAAAUCACUGGGAGCAUUAA